UUUUUCAGUUUUUCAGUCCCAAGGAAACGUGGUUUAUCCACAGCUAACUGAUCUGCACAAGACUCUACGGAGGCCAGCAUGUUUGCUAAGCUGAAACAAAAGACUAUCGAAGAGAAAGCAAAGUCUCCCAGCCCCAAAGGGACUCAUCAAGAAGAUGAAGGUAGCGCUGACACUCCUACCCACCCCACACCCACCCCACCCCCCUCCACUGAGGCCUCUCUACCAGAAGAAGCCUCAGUCUUAAAAUCCAAGAGUACGGAGUCUCAAGAUGUACCGCACAAAGAUGUUAAUCCGAUGCCCAAAGAAGCUACCGCUGAGCCAACUACAACUACUACCCCUGAAUCUACUGAAGCAUCACAUGAUGUCUCCAAAAUAUCCGAAUUACCCAACAUGGAUAAACCUAAAACUCUGAUUGUGUCUAUACCGCCCCCUGCAAGUAAUGAAGCUGAGAAUGAGCCUACCACUAACGAGGGGGUCACCCCAUUGACCCCCACACCCACUGGAGGCAUGUUCAGUCGGCUCAGGAAGGUGUGGCAAGGAGCCGAACCAAAGGAUGGAACCAGCCCCGCCCCAUCAUCUGAGCCACGCCCACCCAUUCAGGACGACACAGACUACUCCACUCUGGACACUGUCUCACACGAUGAGCUGGUGGCAGCUGUCAAGAAACAACGACAGACGGCAUUGCGUUACAAGGGACGGUUUAGUGAGCUGCUGGAAGUCUAUCGCAGUCUCCAAAAAGAGCACGAGUCCUUCAAGACAACGUCUACCGACUCUGAGAGGAGGGCACAGCGUAAACUAGAAGAGAUGAAGGAAGUACAGUCACUGGACCAGGCAGCCAAGGCUCACAUGGAGGAGGCGUUCCAACUCAACCUCGAGGAGAAGGAUGAGAAAAUCAAUGUCAUGGCAACACAGAUUCGUCUGUUAAAGGAGCGUGUGACAGACCCCCACAGUGGUGACCCCUCACCACCUGGUGACGAGGAGCUACAGCAACUCAAACAAAAGGUGACUGGGUUGGAGACGUCCCUGGGAAAGUACAAGAGUGCUCUCAAAUUAACCAAAGAAAAGAUACAACAGCUACAAUCUGAAAAGAGCAUGUUGGCCGAUGAACUAAAGAAACAAGUCGAACAAACUAAAGUGUUGGAGCAAGCAAGAACAGAAAGUGUUGACAUUGCACAGACACUAUCGGAAAAUGAAAUGAAACAAUCUUCCACUCCAACCAAAUCCGAAGCCACACCCAGUCAAGAAGAAACCACACCCACUUCAAAGGAGGCCACACUAUCGGCAAAACUUAAAGAACUCAGUACUAAACAUACAACAAUUGUUAGUCAAUUACGAAACCAAAACUCCGAUCUCCAAACUAAAAUAGUGGAACUAAUGAAAGAAAUUGAAGUUUCCAAGGAAACGGUAUCCAGUCUACAAAAGACAAUGCAAGAAAGAGACGAAACUCUCUCGCAGAAAGAAACAGACGUUGCCAAAGAAGCCAAGAGCAAAGAGACGAUGAUAGAAACUCACCAAGUAGAGAUGAGCCAACAGCAAGAGAAGGUGACCCAGCUCUCCACCAUGCUCGACAAAAUGAAGACAAAAGCUUUACAGUUCAGGGAACAGUUGAAAACUACUCAAGAAACGAAAGAUAAACUAGAAAAGAAAGUUCAAGAAACAAAUGAACUAUUGCAGGCUAGAGAGGCGGAGCUUGAGAAACUAACAGCAACCAAUGAACAGACCGUGACCGAUGUUAAGACUGAUUUCCAGAGCCAGCUGGAUACAUUGACGGCCACUCAUCGGCAAGAAAUAGAGACAUUGCAACGUACCCAUGAGAACCAAUUAGAGUCGGCACACGGCACUCAUAGAGGAGACACGGAGACGCUAAGAACCACACACCAAGGUGAUCUUGACGCAUUGACAGCUACCCACAAACAAGAUAUGGAAACGUUAGCAAAGGAUCGUAAAGAAGAACUAGAAGCACUUCAAGGUACCUACCAGAAUGAACUAGAGACAUUGAAAAGCACACAUCAUAGUGAAUUAGAGACUUGGAAAACUACCCACGAAGGAGAACUUGAUUCGAUAAGAAACAGUCAUCAAUCUGAACUAGAAUCUUUGAGGACCGCUCACGCAGAGGAGGUCACGAGAUUAAGGGGGGAGGGCGGUGCAGACAGUGAGAGAUUGGCCGCAGAAUGGCAGGACAAGAUGUCCGAGCUACAGCUGGCACAUUCCGCUGCCAUGGAGACACUCAGAACUCAACUUGAGAGUGAACACAAUUUGAAACUGCAAGAACAGAUCGAUAAACAUAAAGAUGCAUUAGGUUCAGUGAUUGAAGAGCGUGAAGCAGAAGUCAAAAAACAUGAAGAACAGGUGGAAAAAAUGAGAGUAGAUACAGAUUCUAAGAUGAAGGAAAUGAGAUCGCAACAAGAAGGUGCAGUAUUGGAGCUUGAAAAGUUGAACUCUGGCUACCAAGAAGUGUUAAAAGAGAAAGAUGAACUAGCCUCAAAAAUGGAGUCUACCAAAUCAGAGCACAAAGAAACUCUCGAUGGUCUAAAAGCCGAGUUAGAGGCUCUGGCGUCUGGUAAGAAUCAACAGCUAACACAAGUCACAAACGACCUCCGAGAGCAGCUGACAAACUCGCGGGAAGCCUCACAGCAGCUGCAAGAUAAGUGUACCCAACUAGAGGGUGAGAUUGCUAAGCUUGAAUCACUCCAGGCUACAACUGUCACUGCACACCAGCAGGAAAUGGACGAAAUUCAUAUGAAAAACAUUGAAAAACUCCGACAAGGCGAGCACCAAUUCAAGACUGAGAUUGAAGAAUUUAAUGAAAAAAUGGCUUGUCUCGAGGAAAAAGCAAAAACAUCUGAAAUUGCUCACCAACAAGAAAUGGAACAUUUGCAAAGCACUCUCGCUGAGAAAGAUAUAGAGUUGAGACGACUUUCUGAGGAGAGCCAAGUGACAGUGGAGGCAACAAAGAAGACAGCCGGUGAAGAAGUUAACAAGAUGAGGGAAAAGAUAAGUGCUCAAAAUCAGUCACUCUCUGCUACACUAUCGGAGAAAGAGACGCAGAUUGCUCAAUUGGAGCGUAAAAUUAAAUCCAAAACUGCUAAAAUUGAUCAGCUGAAAUUGGACCACCAAACUGCAUUAACUACCAAGCAGCAAAGGUUUGAAGCCUCUCAUUCUAAAGUACUUGAAGAGCUCAAACAUUUGCAUAUGUCCGAACAAGACUCGUUAAAACAAGACUACGAAGAGCAGCUGGCGUUGCUUAGAGACUCCCUAGACAGUGAGCAACAGAAGAGCUCUCAACUAAUGCAGGAUAGCUCAAGUUCAACAAAAGAGGUAGCGAAGAAACACGACCAAGAAUUGGCCACUCUUAAAACCAAGUACAGUGGGAUUGUCAAAGACAUGAAAUCGAAACACAAAGAAACUUUAUCUAAACUGCAAGAUCAGCUAUCAUCACAGAAAGAUCAGCUGACCUCAGCCAAAGAAGAUCGUGAGAUAACUAUUCAAUCGCUCGAGGGCAAUCACAAAGAAUCAAUCGCUAAACUAACACAGGAGCACUCUACAGCUCUAGAAUCUAUCCAAUCAGAUCGCAGAGUGGAAAUCGACCGUCUCACUAGCCUACUUGCCGAGAGGGAUGAUGAACUGCAAACACUCCAGGCUAAUCUCAACGAGACCGUGACUACUCUAAAAGCAGAACAUACGGCAGCUUUCGAGGCACUAAACAACAAACUAGAUGAAGAGAUUAGUCGUCUUUCGUCCGUUUUGGAGGAGAAAGAAUCACAACUGCAAUGUAGCAUGAGCAGCUCUGACGAAACAGUCGUUAAACUCACUCAAGAACACACAACUGCAAUGGAGGCUCUCAAAGUAGCUCACAGUGAAGAAAUCGAACGAAUCAACUCAACUUUGGAACACAAAGAGGGACAAUUGCUAGCAAUUCAAAAUACUCACCAAGAAGAGCUAGCUAAAGUGACAUCGGAGCAUUCUGAGGCUACUCAAUCGUUACAAGCAACACACAAACGGGAAAUUGAUGAACUGACCACUUCUCUCAAAGAAGAGCAAGAAAAUCACUCCCAACUGAAAACUUUACACGAAGAGAAAUUGAACUCAUUUGCUAGCCUCAAGAAAACUUACCAGGAGAAGUUGCAACAGCUGAAGCAAGUGCAGGCGUCCAAGUUACAAGCCUUGGAAGAGAAGCAUCAAGCAGAUAUGGUGUCACAACUUGACCGAGAGGUGGGUUCAAAGGUCACUCAGCUGGAGGAGAAAUUUACACAAAGCAACGGACAAAUUGAAACUCUCACGAUGCAGCUGCAAGAGCAACAGCUAGAGGUCAAGCGCCUUGAGGGCACACUGUCAGCAAAGGAUGAAGAAUUAAAGAGCUUGUUAAAGAAAAUGUCGACGUUUGAAGCUACGGCGGAAACAAAGAGAUUGGAAUUGAAGAAGCGAGCUGAAACAAAGUUAGCGUCUUUGAAGAGACAGUUUACCACUCAACUUGAAGCUAAAGAAACUGAGCUCAGAGAGAAAAUAGCAUCACUUGAGAGCGAGGGGGAGAGCAGUCGCACUGGACUACAAGAUGAGACAACUCAACUGGCUAAGAAAGUUAGCGAAUUAUCUGAAGAGAAACUGUCUUUAGUGGACAAAAUGGCUACUUUACAAGACCUACUCACUGUCAAAGAGCAGGAUAUCACCUCACUGAAAGAAGCAAGCUCUAUUGAAGUCACAUCUUUGAGGGUGACUAUGGAAAACAAAGAAACUGAAUUAGCUGAUGAAAAACAAUCUCUUUCUUCUCAGCUUGAGCAAUCCCUGCAAGCAAAGUCUGUCCUCGAUACCUCGUUACAAGAACUGCAGCUGCUGUCGUCUAAUCUACAAUCUGAGCUACAGGCUAAGAAUGAGCAAGUCACUGCCCUCUCACUAGAGAAAGACAAGCUUCAAGAAUCACUAACUCAAGCGACUACUGAGCGAACAGCUACUCUAGAAGAAGUGGAAGUUAAACACAAAGAAGUUGUCAAGAGACUGAAGCUUGAUGUCAGACAAGCCAAAAAAAUGGCCAACGAGACAGAAGAGGAGUGGAAGACCAAACUAGAAGAGCUCCUUGUGUCCUCUAACGUGGAGCACCAGCGACUAAUACAAGAAAAUGUUACCCUUAGCAGCAAGUUAGCCGAACUGAAGCAGCAAUUCUCAGAAAUGGACACACUAAAGCAACAACUAUCAGAGAUGACAGCUCUACAACAGCAGCUGUCAGAUCUGCAGAGUCAGCACGAGGUGUUACAAUCGAGCAAUGAGCAGAGUAUGACGGACAGGAACAGAGAAAGGGACAACGCGCUUGAUCGAGUUAGCCAGCUGGAGGCACAGCUGUCUCAGACGCAGGAACAGCUGAAGCAGCAACUCUCAGAAAUGGACGCACUAAAACAACGACUAUCAGAGAUUACAGCUCUACAACAGCAGCUGUCAGAUCUGCAGAGUCAGCACGAGGUGUUACGGUCGAGUAAUGAGCAGAGUAUGACAGACAGAGACAAAGAGAGGGACACCACACUUAGUCGAGUUAGCCAGCUGGAGGCACAGCUAUCUCAAACACAGGAGCAGUGUGAGAAGAAGAUGGCAGAGGUGAAGAAAAAGGCUGAGUCUAAAUUGGUAGCCAUGAAGAAGCAGUGUGAAGAGAAGCUUCAGGAAAACAGUUCAAGCUUCGAUUCUCGCCUCCUAGAGCUGCAACUGGAACUAGAACAGAAGUACUCAGUCGAGAAAGCACAGCUGUCAACACAGGGAGUCUCAGUCGCUAAGCAACAUGAGCAAGAACUCAGAAACGUGGAAGAACGAUAUUCGUUUGAGAUUGCCGACUUGAAGAGGGUACUGAAUUCAUCUCGCUCUGAGCUACAAGAAGCCAAGGACAGAUUGUUAGGAGAAGAAGACAAGUUCUCUAAGUUGGAGAAACAUCUUCUUGCGUUACAAGACAGUCACAGAGUCGAAGUGGAUGCUAUUCGCUCGCAGCAUCAGCAAGAGAUAGUUGAGCAUACGUCAAAGGGGACGGGCUUGGAGUCACUACAGCAACAACACGAGGUUGAGAAACAGGAGCUGGUUGGGCGAUUACAGAUACUGGAGGAUGAGAGAGAGAAACUGUCUGGUCAGAAAUCAAACAUCACAAGACUGGAGAGUAUGGUGAAGGAGUACAAGCAAGCCCUGAGGAGCAGCGAGGACACGAGGGAACAACUGCUGAGGGAGAACCAAACACUACAGCGUUCUAGUACAAUGACCACACCCACACGGGGAAUGGUCACACCCACCCGACCCUCAUCACCCCCAGAUACGCCCUCCAAGGAUAUUGUGUUGGAACAAGAGCCUCACGGAGCCGAGUUUGAGUAUUUCAAGAACGUGUUGUUUGAGUACAUGAUGGGAAGACAGACCCAGCACUUGGUGACGGUCAUUGCAGCUCUGGCAAGAUUCUCUGACAAACAGAAGAAACAACUGGAGGACAAACCUAGCUACUUCUUCACAUCACCGUAACUAUGGCAAACAUUAUAGUGACUGACAUGCAGAGAGCUUUAUUGAACAAUGAUUUGAAGAUUGUAAAAUUUUGUCUAAUUCUUUCAUAUCCUCAUAAUUAUGAACAUAAUUACGUCCACAA